CGAGUCAAAAAACCAAAAAAAGCGUGGCAUAGAUAUAGGCGCGCGUCGGGUGACCGGCAAAGCUGCAGUGAUCACUGCUCCAGCGCAUCGAUCAACGCAUCGAUCCAAAAUGCAAAAAUGCACGGCUCCGUAGAGAUCAUGGCCACCAAGCCCGACGAGCCGCAGCACAACCCCCUGCGAAGCCAGGACUCCACGGCGUCGAGCGACGACGAGCGCGCGCCCCUCGCCGAACCGACCGAAGACUGGCAGUCGUCCCGAAAGACGUUUGGCGUUGCUUUAUUAGCGGUGCUCAACCAGAUCGCCUUCGGCUACGACGUCGGCGCGGUGUCGCAGUGCCUGCAGCCCAUUGAAAGAACGUUCCGCCUGACGCAAUUACAGACGGGCUUCGUGACGUCCGCACUUAACUAUUUCGCGGCCGCCGGCGCUCUCAUGGUCUCGGGCGCGUUGCUCGAUCGCUAUGGGAGAAGGAAAGCAUUAAUAGCGGCGGCGUGGUUGUUGAUCGCUGGAGGAAUCGCAGUAGCAGCAGCCAACUCCUUCGAAGCGCUGGUCAUUGGGCGAUUACUCCAGGGCCUGGGGGUGGGGUGUUCCUGGAGUGCCUCAGGCAUCUACGUGACGGAGAUCGCACCUUCCAAACUGAGAGGGUCAUUAGUAGCUUUAGUGGACGUCGCGAUCAACCUCGGAAUCAUUGUGGGGUACUGUGCCGCGUUUCUCGUCGACGCGACACAGUUAGGCCGCUCCUUCAGUAUAGCGCCGUGGCGCGUGUCCAUGGGCUUAUCCGCCUUGCCUUCGUUAGUCUUCAUGCUCUUCGUCAUAUCACUACCGGAAUCGCCGCGAUGGUUAAUAAAAAGAUCACGUCCGAUCGCCGCCAAGCGUAGCUUGCAAAGGCUAGCUAGAUCGGAAGCUUCGGAUGCGGAUAUCGAUGCUGCCUUAGCGUCGCUAGGUGAGACGGUGGACGAGACGUCUUCGUGGACAGAAGCUACUCUAUCGCCAGAGGGUGGGUAUGCGGCUCUCCUAGGCGUCGUGCAGCAAUUGACAGGAACGGAGGCCAUACUCUAUUUCGCACCGACCGUCCUCCCAGGCGGGUCCAAACGGGACAAGUUCCUGGGCAACGUCGGGGUCGGCUCCGCAAAAUUUAUUGGGGAGUUAUUGGCCUCGUACAUGGCCGACUCCGAGACGGCCUUACUGGGGAGAAGGACACUCACAAUAGGCGGCUCGUUUGGCGUCUGCGUCGGUUUAGCGAUAUUCGCCAAGUUUUCGGAGGACAACUCCGCGUUGCCACUGCUCGCGGCGGCGCUGUCGUGGACCAUGUUCACGUUCUCGCUGGGGCCCGGGCCCUUCUCCAUCGUCUUCGUGAACGAGGUCGUGCCGACGCGACUCAGAGCGAAGUCUUCCGCGUGGAGCUGUUUUCUGAACCGCAUCACUUCUGCUUCCGUGGCGCUGUCGUUCCUGCCUUUGAGUACGGCCUACUCGGCGUCGUCGGUCUUCGCUUUGUAUGCGUGCGUGGCCUUCGGGGCCACGGUCUUCUACGCGAAGACAUUACCUAAUACGGUGGGUGUGUCGCUGGAACAGCUCCACGGCGAGGGGCGGGUCGAUGCCGGGCCGGCGUCGCCCUAGUUAUUGUGCU